AUGGCGGCGUCCGGCUCCCCGGGGCCAACUCCGAGUCUGCCUGGAGGAAACGCGCCGAGCCCCACCGCCGCCGGCCCCUGGCUGGGGGAGAGGAGAAAAAGAACUUACCUCCGGACGGUCCCGUCGGCGGAGGCAGCGCGGGGAGUCCCGGGGCCCAGGAGGUCCCGGCGCGGCGGCGGCUACUGCAGUGCCCUCCGCCCCAUUGUUUCCCUUCCAAGAGGAUCCCGGCGAAGCCGAGCCCUGGAACCAGGAAGUUCCCCGGCGCGACACCUCCUGCCGCCGCUAUGGAAACGGCCCCCGCCUCCCAGGGCGGCUUGCCCGGGACCCCGCCUCCGCGCCACCGGCCCCGCCCGCCUCACGGGCCGCUGCCAACCGACGCCGCUGCGGCCGCGGCCGCCGCCAUCUUGGCGCGGCCCGGGCGGCCUCUUCCCGGCGGCACGUGGGCGCCGCUCCCGCGUUCCCGCCGGCCGCGGGGGCGCGCUGCCGGGUGCGGGCGCCGUUCCCCGGGAUGCGCGGCCAGAAGCGGCGCCUGGAACCCCGAGGGAAGGCCCGGGCGGCACUGGAGAGCCAGGACCUGGAGCGGGGCUUCUUCAUGUGUGA